CUUCUGCACCCCACCUCUCUUCCUCCCUCCCUCCCUCUCCUCUUUUUCACGCACCCCCCUCCCUUCCCCUUUCUUCUCCAUUUCAAUAUCUUUCUCCUUCUUUAAAACUUCCUGUUUUUAUCAUCACCCCCCCCCUCCAACCUCUGAUCUUCUCCUGUUUAUCCCCUCUUCCACCGGUGACCUUGCCGACGGCGGACCUAUGUCGGUUUCCAUUUCGGAUGCAACCUCAAGGGAAGACAACAAUGAAGACAUACCAAGAAGCUUUGAAUAACUUGAGCAACAUAUCUUCUUUUCUUGAUUUUGUUUUCUUGAUUUUUGAUGUAUUUUGGAAAUAAAAGGGGUUGUCUGUCUGCCAGACAACUUGAAAGUGCAGUGUCUGUAAGAGUCGUGAAGUUGUCUGUCCUUUGAAAAAUAAAUGUCUGUAAUUGAUAUUUAAUUGUUUGUCAUUUGUUUAUUAGUUGUCUGUAUUUGUUUUGAGUUGUCUGUAAUGACUUGUUUGCCAUGUUGUUGUAAGGUGUCUGUAAAAGUCGUGAAGUUGUGUGUAACUCAUAUUUAGUUGUUUGUCAUUUCAUUGUGAGUUGUAAGUAAUUUGUGGUGAAAAAUAAUGUCUGUCUUGUUAUCUUUAUUGUCUGUCUAGUUAUAUGUAUUGUCUGUCUUUUUUAUGAAACAUAUGUCAAAAUGGUAAUUCACAAUAAACUAAUGUAUGUAUGUGUAUACUUAUGUCUGUAUGUGUAUAUUUAAUGUCUGUCUCGUUAUACUAAUUACAUCUCAAAAAAUAAACAUCACAAAUUACAUACAGACAACUCAAAACAAAUAAAGACGACUCAAAUUAAAUGAAAAACAAUUAACCAUCAAUUACAGACAGACAGACACUGCACUUACAAGUUGUCUAUCAGACAAACAACCCUUUUAAUUUCGAAAAAACACCAAAAAAUCAAGUCUCCCCAUGUAUCCAACUCAAGUCAUUCAAAGUUUCUUGGUCUACACCUUCACUAUUGUCUCCCCAUGUAUCCAACAUCACCGGAGCUCUCCCCGUUCGUCCGAUUACUGUAGCUUGUGCAUUUGAAAUGAAUAAAAAAAGACAGAAGAGGAGAGAAGCAUUAGAAGAAGCUUGGAGGGGGGAAAGAUGGAAAAAAUGAGAAGUAUUAAUGAAGGGGGGAGAUCUUGAAAUGGGGAAGAAAACAAGAUUUGGAGAAAAGAGAAAGGAAGGGAGGGGGUGUGGGGGGUGCGUGAAAAGAAGGAGAGAGGGUAGGAGGAGAGAAGAAAAG